GAGGAGGCGAAGACAAGGCGCACCCUUCGGAAGGGCUCCUUUCUUUCUCCAGGGCCCGGAGAAGCCACGGUCCUCGCCGCCAUGAAUCCCGCCGCCAGCUCCUUAGCACCGGCCUGGGGGAGGACGCCGGCCGGGCGGAGGGAGCGGAUGCGAAGGGAAUAGGGAGCCGCCGGCGCCAAAUCUUCCCAGCCCGCGACGACUAGGGCCGGGCCAGCCACCUCGUGUCCAUGAGACCGCCGUCUUCCCGUCAGAGCUGCUGCUGCUGCCGCCGCCUUCGCCAGCAGCCGCCAAGCAAGGCGCACGCCUCCGCCGGGCCCAGUUCUUUCUUUGGCCCCCUCGCCUCCUUCCCUCUGCGGAGCAGAAGGAAAAGACUACAGACUCCUGUGUGAAGAGAAUGGCUGUGACUUUAGAACAGGCCCAAAGGGCGGGCUAUGUAUUUCUGAAGGCACUCUUAAGAUUUGGCUUUAUGGUUGCUAAUAACCUUGUCGCUAUUCCAUCCUACGUCCUAUAUUUAAUAGCAUUGCAACCUCUCCGAUUGUUGGAUAGUAAACGAUUCUGGUAUAUUGAAGGAGUAUUAUUUAAAUGGCUUUUAGCGAUGGUGGCGUCCUGGGGCUGGUGGGCAGAAUAUACAGUCAUAGAAUGGGGAGAUGAUGUUAAAACAAUCUCAGAAGAUGAAGCCGUGAUGUUGGUGAACCAUCAAGCAACAGGAGAUAUUUGCACUCUAAUGAUGUGCCUUCAGGACAAAGGCACGGUUGUUCGUCAAAUGAUGUGGCUGAUGGAUCAUAUUUUUAAAUAUACAAAUUUUGGAAUAGUAUCUUUAAUUCAUGGAGACUUCUUUAUAAGACAGGGAAAAGCUUACCGUGACCAGCAGCUUGUGCUUCUCCAAGAACAUCUAGAAAAAUAUUAUAGGAGCCGUGAUCGCAAGUGGAUUGUAUUGUUUCCAGAGGGUGGUUUUCUUCGAAAAAGAAGAGAAACCAGUCAGGCAUUUGCCAAGAAAAACAAUUUGCCAUUUCUCACACAUGUUACAUUGCCAAGACUUGGGGCUACACAGGUUAUAUUGAAAAAGCUGGUAGCUCAGCAAGAAAAUGGAACUCUGGCAGGUGGAGAUGCUACGGAAGCAGAUUGCCUUUUUUUAGAAAGCAAACCAAAAGGUCUUCAAUGGGUGAUAGAUACAACGAUUGCAUAUCCCAAAGCUGAACCCAUAGACAUCCAGACCUGGAUUCUGGGCUACAGACGACCAACAAUUACCCAUGUACAUUACAGGAUUUUUCCAAUUAAAGAUGUACCUCUUGAACCCGAAGCCCUCACUGCUUGGUUAUAUCAAAGGUUCAUUGAAAAGGAGGAUCUCUUGUCACACUUUUAUAAAACAGAAAAGAAUAACUGGUGCAAAAACACAGAAAUGAGGAGCAUUCCCUCCCAUUCAGGGACAGACAGAAGUUGUUUCCCGGGAGAUGACCCUUAGUAAUUUGUGGCUAGUUCUUGUACAGUCCUUUGCAUUUUUGUCAGGUGGUAUGUGGUACUGCAUUCUUCAGUAUUUUUAUCAAUGCCUGUUUUAAAAGGUGAAUGAGCGGGACCUGAGUACACAGUGAGAGAGAUGGUACUUUACAGAGUGCACCGUGUUAUGUGCGCAAAUGUGAAUAUGCCAGGAUAAAGGAACAUGCUGGAUGGACAUUAUCUCCUUUUGAAGGGUUUUAAACUCCACUAGAAGAGAGGAUCAGUCAUAUAGAGACCUGAUGAUGUAUUUUACAAACUUGAUAUUUUUUAAAGAUGUGUCUCCCCAUACGUUUACGUCAGCGGAAUCAGAAUUUGAACAGGAGACACAAGUAAUACAGCCACCACCGGUGAACAUCUGCAGCAAGAAUGCUUUCACCACAGGUAGUAUUCAGCCUUGUAGUUAAACCUUCGAAUCUUCAGCAACUUUUUCUCCAGUAGUCUGUACUGCAAGUCUUGUAGUAGAGAUCCCUCAGCUACACAAACUUGAGUGUAUUGUAAUUAAUCAUGCUGGAUCUGUUUAAUGUACUCUGCAGACUUGGUUAUGGUAUUGUGACUGCCCCAUGUAACCUGUUUAGUAGAGACAUUUAAAAAAAAAAAUCUCAGUGAGAUCUUGUAUUGGAAACCUAGAAAUGGAAAAUUAUUCUGCAAGAAGGCAUUAUGGUGUCAUGAAGUAUUGAAAGAAUAGUCUAUACCUCAUGGACCCAAUUAUUCUUACCAAGUUUUCUGUCUGGAAGCCUCUUGUAAGAGUAUUUUAAAAUGGCCCAUCUCUCAAUCUGCUUCCCAUUUUGGUUUUAGAAUGCAUUUCCCAAACUUAUAAGUAUCUCUGGGUUUUCUUGUUUUUGUUUUGCAAAAUGCACUUUUGAAAAUGCAAUACAAUAUGAAAAGGAGCUUCGCUUGAACGAAGUGUAGAUGCUGUUCUUAUCAGAUUUGCUUCUUGAGAACUCCAGCACUAAAAUGUAUUGAGUUGCCACAGUCUCGCCAAGUUGAUCUAUUUUCUUCUUAAAGAAAGGCCUUUAUUUCUUCUUAAAGGCCUUUAUUUCCACUUGACACAAUAGCACUCAAAACAUCUGUGAGAGAGUUUGUGUACACAAAAUGCCAAGAACCUCAAUGUUUUGCUUUAUAUGAAAAAUAAGAGGAAGUUAGGAUAGUCACAGAACAGUGUAUCUAGUCAUUGGAUAAAACAAAUAGGAAGGUAUUUGCUUUACCAUCCAGAGGUAUUGUAAAAAUUCUCUGAACCAUGAAGGGCAUUAUUAAAUCUGUCAUCUUACUGCAAAAUGUCACUGCCAUAGAAAGGGAAUUUAAGAGGCAGGCUGGCAUUAAAUCAGAAUUUGAAGUAUGUUAAAGUUUUCUAAUGGUUUUGAAGGAAAGGUUUCUGUGUUUGUUAUUUAUCCCUCUUGGAAUGUUUUGCAUCAUGUCUCUAUGGCUACAUAAGAUAUCUAUUAAAAACAUUCCUAGAAAACAGUUUUCUAAUUUACACAUACAGACCUGUAGACUACAUUUCAAUUACAGAAUGUUGCCGUUUAUGAAAUGUAAAUUUUUUUCUAAGAGCCAAGCCAACAGUAGUUGUCUGUGCUGAAUUUGAGACCUAUAUUCUCCUGGGUUUUUUUCCAAAUCACAUGAGAAACAGUUUUGGUGAGUAGUAUACAAAAUAAAAAUAUAAAACCACAAACAGUAUACCUUUUUUCCUUUUGGUUUGAUUGGGAAAGAGGGAUGGGGGAAUAGAUGCAUUUUCCUGUGUUAUGUACACAAAAAUUAAAUAUGUCAAAUACUAUUUUUAAACAUAAAAUAAAUGUCCAUGUAGAUAAUACCCCUAAUUCAUUCUCGAUUAUUUACAGCUAUAUUUCAUUCAUAUAAUACCACUACAAUUAUAGAUCAGAAAGUGCAGCAUCAAAUGCAGAUUUUAAAACUUGUUUUUUUUUUUGGCACACAGCUGGAAACUAACGUAAAAAUAGAAUCCAUCUUAACAAAUAAUAACAAGAAUAUACCUCCAGUCCCCUGAAGAUGUCCAAGACAAUGUUGUAAAUAUUGAUUUGCUUUCUUAUGUAUCACCAGUUAACUGCCAUACGAUUUAAUUUAACUGGACCACAUAUUUCAAUUUGUUUCUGUUCACAUGGCAGAAAUCUCAGUUUCUAGGGACUGGUGGUGAUUUGACUGACUCUUUGUGGAUUGUAUAAAGUUAUGUCCCAUUAUUUCAGUUAAAUCCAAUUCCAAACAGUGUGUUUGGAUGUACCUUACAUUAGAUUGAUUUUUCCCUCUCAUAUCUGCCCUGAGAAAUGUGAACCAAGUUUAGUCACAGUGUCUUCUGUAUGUUUGAAUCAGAAAAAACUGUGAAGAUACACUGUUUUUAGGAACUCUUAAAUAAAAGCACUUAUCUGUUUUCAACUUUAGUUAUGAUUUCAAAAUUAUGUAUUCAUUAUGCAGUAUUCGUACUAAAUUCAGCAGCAAAAAUUCAGAGUAUAAUCUUAGAACUGCGACUAAUCAUAAGUUAAUCAUUUCAGUGUUCUCCUAAUUGGAUGAAUGUGUACCUCUAACUAUGCAGUGUGUUCAUCUAAGUCUUGUCUCAACCAGAACUUUUGUGAGUUAAUAUUAACUUGGUUUCUCUUAACAUUUAACAACUAGCAGUUCAGCCCUACACAUAUUUCCUUGCUUUUCAAGAUCUAUUAAUCCCCACCUGAGCUUUACCACACAAUAAUGAUUAUGAGUAUCUUGUAGAUCUAAGACAAUGUCCAAAGAUGAUGGACAUUGUCUUAGAUCUACAAGAUACUCAUAAUCAUUAUUGUGUGGUAAAGCACAGGUGGGGAUUAAUAGAUCUUGAAAAGCAAGGAAAUCCCUCACUCCUUAUACCAUACUUGAAUUUAGUAACCUACGUAGGCUUCACCAUAAGUACGCAGUGCACAGGACUGAAGAAACUACCCUUUAACUCCCAUGAUGUAGGAAGGCUUGAGAGCUAUAAGGUGUUAUUAAUUUGAAUUAAAAUGUUAUGCUGUAUCAUCCCCCCUAAAACAGUGGUAUCAAACUUGAGGCCCUCCAGGUGUUUUGAAUGUCAUCUCACAGAAUUCCUGGUAAUUGGACAAGCUGCCUAGGGUUUCUGGGAGUUGGCCCAAAUAUCUGGAGGGCCACACAUUUGACACCUCUAUCCUAAAUCAUUGUGGUUCUAGCUUUUCUCAUGCCUUAGUCAACCAGAUCUUUACAUUAGAGAUAAGGAAGAAAUGACCUUAAAGAUUCUUCUUCAUUGUCAAUUUGUAGUGAGAUAGCAUGGAUGUUGCAAGCCAAUAUCACCUUUGUCAUCCUUACUUUACACCACAAUAUUGAUUUACACAGAGUCAUUAUGGAAAAUUCACACAUGAACUCUUGGGUCAACCUACAAUCUUCAAAUAUCUGUGGGGCUAAUUCAGAUAACCCCACAGAUGCAACACUGAUGCAGAUAGGACUGCUAUGCUGUUCCAGAGGACAGGACUACUUGCACUGUAUAUUUCCAAUAUAGAUUAUUAGGAAAAACUUCCCAAGGAUGAGAAAUUAUUGCCUUGAGGUGGAGGGUGGGUGGGCUUGUCUUCACUGAAGAUGGAAUAUGGUAGUUAACACCAUGCUUUGUAGAUGCUUUCUUGAGCAAGUCCCUGGAGAAGAUUAACACUCAAGUCCCUUCCAACUUCAUAAUUCUAUGAAGACAAAGAAGCAUUUUUAGUAAUUUCAAUAUCAGAUUGUAGAGUCAGUAUUGGCCCUUGGAUGCCUGAAUAUUCGGUAUCCUUUUGCAAAGCUCUAAAUGGUUGGUAGUGACAAACUAGUCAUACAGCUCAUGUUGUCACAAUCUGCAUGUUGACUUCCUUUCCAGAACAUUAUAUGAAGAAAAUAAUAUACCCAAUGAAUAGCAUUUUAGAAAAUACAGUAGAUUUUCAAGAUCAGUAAUGGCAUGGUCUUUCCAGUUUAGAUUUCAUGCCAUUCAAUUAAUUACUCACAUAAAUCGGCUUCCCCCCUUUCUUUUUCUGACCAUCUGUUUUUCUGCAGGUUUCCUUGUAACAUUAACAGUUUGUACUAUUAGUGAGGACUUUGCUUUACAAGAAUAAUACUUUAUAGAGCCAUAGGUUUUGUAUUGUUCAAAGUAUUUAGUCCUUUGAAAUCCAUCAAAAAUAAAAAUAAAUCAGGGACCUUAGCCCUUUGUUUUUUGUUUGUUUGUUUUUUUACAAUUUUAAACUGCUGUUACGUUCCAGUAGACCCUUUAAAGUCAUAGGUGGAAAUUAUUUCAAAAUGGGCUCCAUGUUUAAUAAGAAAAACCCAUUUGUUACUAUUAUCACAUUCUUCAAAUGACAUUUCUGUAGGAAUCUGUAGGUCCUCCAGUGCAACUCUAUAGUCAGCUUCUGCAGGACCUACAAAUGCAUAGAUGAAUUUCACUAGAGGACCUAAGAGAGAACAUAUUAAUGAAAUCUGCAGAUAAUAAAAUCUGCAAAAGUGAAAGCUGUAUCUUCUGUGGAGACUGCUAGACUGCUUCUAUGUUCUCUUUUGAGAAGGGUUUACAGUGUGCUUAAGUGUUUAGUAGCUUCGCUUUCCCAUUCAUUUCCACUGCGGUAGCUCAGACUAACAGCUUUGUACAUUAAAGUAGUUUGGGGUUUUUUAAUGAAAAAAUAAUGGUGAUGAAGCACUAUAAUGGUAAAAGUACACGUAGAAUAUGGAAUGAGUUGGUAUUGCUUAAAAAUACAAAAUGUCAAAAAGCAUAAGAGGAUUAAAGCUGGUUUGUCAAAGUUAUAUGUGUUCAUUCGCUCUCAGUAUAAUAUGUAGAAUACCUACAUGAAAAAAUGUUGCAUUUUUAAGAUGACAUACAGCCUAGCUGUGGUGGCUCUUUACUGUAAUCAAAUGCAUGGUUGAACUGGGCCAGUCUAAUAUAAUUAUGCAAAUGUGGAAAGUAAGUUUCAUAAUCCACCAGCCACAGUAUUGUGUUUCCAUUCUGUUCUUAUUUCUUUUUGGUGUUAACAGUACCCCAUUUGUUGUUUGUGGCCCAAUGUUCCUAUUUGGUGCAGUGGCUCACCCCAUCUGUGAACAGAAAUACAUUAUUAUAAUGAACAAGCAUGUGGAUUCAAACAGAAUUCACAAAUUACCUCUAGACAAAAUAUUGUACAUUCUUCCAGUCAAAGUCCAUGAAAUGUUAUGGAAUAUGAAAGAAAUUAUACUCAAGAGAGAUGCUCAAUGAUUAAUCAUGGUUUUAAUUUUCAACCAAAAGGACAGCUCCCUGUUAAAGUAUAGUAAUUGUAAUGUCUUGGGAUUUGGUGGAGAUGUGGUAUGAAACUGCAUUUAUUCACACGAUGAAGUUGAGAGAGAAACUAUCGUUUUGACUGUGAAUUAUUUUCAUUUCUGUUGUAUGAUUCUGUAUUGGUUUUCUCCCUUUUCAAUCCCACAUCUUUUGUUUUAUGCCAUGAUCAGAAUGAAAGCUGAUGAUUCUGUUCAAGGAUUGGUCAUAGUUGGAUUUGUAGUCGAGUUUAUUUAUUUCUUCGAUUCCCAUCCCAUCAGCAGAAUUAAACAGCUAACAUUCUUUUUAAAAAAUCUUGGUACAAAUAUAUAUUUCAAAAAUGCUUUCCUCAGAACAGACAAAUAAAUGGCACCAUUAGCGGGUUUGGUCCAUUGUGACAAUUUGUUGGGCUUCAUGUUGUAAUUGUUAAAGAAUGUUUGAUAGGAAAUGACGGAAUUGUGCCCACUUUAUUUUGCAUAUUAUAAAACAUCAGAUUAACUGCUUUUCCUUGUGUUAGUUGGAUAAAUAUAUGAUUGGGUUAUACUACUGCCAGCACACAAUUAAAUAAAUAUCACCAGUUCUAAGGCACACUUUGACCCUCAUUUAAGGGUCUUCAAAAAUGAGGUGUACCUUACAUUCGGUGAAAUACAGUAGUUCCAUUUAUGGCUCUCAGGAAUCACAAAGAGCAGCUUUUUCCAACCUGGUGCUUUCCAGAUAUUUAGGACCACAUCAUUCCUGACCUUUGCUGUGUAGGCUAAGGCUAUCAUUCAAAACAUCUGGAGGGCACAUGGUUGGCGAAGCCUAACAUUAGGACUCAUCUUUCUGUGCAAGAAAGGACUGGAUUGUUUUUUCUUUGAAUGCACAGUUGCUGUAACAUCUCUACAAAUAUUUUCGCAGAGAUACAGAGACCAAUCUAGGGUUAUGAAAACUACAGUAAUACUUAAGGAUACAGAUUACUACAAAAGCUUUUGAUGUGGCAAGUGGAUUCUAUUUUCUGUUUUCUUUUGAUUUGUUGUAACUUACACAACUCCUUCAAAAAUAAUAGAACUUUUAGCUUAAAAGAAAGCGUUUGCGACAGGUGACAUUCAUUUGAUGUUCCGGUGAGACACUAAGACCUUGUUCAGACUAACAGCCAUAAGCAGUUGUUGUGUUUUUGUAACCUGGCAAGACUUGUGAGGAGUAACCGUUCUGACAUUUCCAAUAUGGCUGCUCAGUGGUGUGGCUCUUUAUUUUGAACGGCCAUGACACUGCAAACGGACAGCUGUUCCGUGAACAAGUGACCAUGAAUGUCCCCAGAAAUGUCACCUGAGGGUGAGGCCUGCCAGGCCACAAGUCUGGUGAUGCCCCUGAACCUUCUCGUGCUUACAUAGAGCCAUCAUCUGGACCUUAGUCAAAGGGACUCUAAUAGAUAAACAGAAACUAUUGGAACUCUUAGGAACUGACCGAUGCACCUGGAACAGUCCCAAGACUGUGUGUUGGGUUAAUGUCUACCUCUUCAUUUCUCUUCUGGAUUUUGUUUGGGUUUAGAUUUGUGGGGGCGGGGGAGGGGGGGUUGUGCUAACAAUUAAAGUGGUUUUUUCCCCCAAAGUUGUUUUCAUCCAGAGGGUGGGGGGAAACCUGAACGCUGACGUUUAAAACACUAAGACAUCCACUGCUCACCAACCUUGUUCUGCACAUAUUUGAUAAAAGCCAUUGUUUUUAAUUCCUAAUAUAAACAAUGUUUGUUUGUAAAGUUUCUUCCUGCUGGGAAAAAUGUAUUUUUAAAAGGAAAAAAUAUCCCUCUUUUGGCUAUAAGAAUGUCAGCUGUAUGAGCAGGUGUGACCAUAUCAUAACAUGCUGAUCGGAUAUAAAUCAAUAAAAUUUAUACCUCUCA